AUGCGCCGGAUCAAACCCAUCAUCAAACAAAACCUUUCUCCUUUUUCUUCUCCUCCCAGUAACCAUAAACCUCACUCAUCUAUAAUCUUCGCUAGAAACAGUGUGAUUGUAUUGGGAGUUGUGUUCGUCAUCUGUUGUUUACUUCACUUUCUUGCAAGAUACCUCAUGAAGAAGAAAAGAUCAUCAUCGUCUUCUUCAUCUUCAAACUCUCAUCAUCAAUCUUCAAGAUUUCAAGAAAGUAACGAUAACGAUGAUGUCGCCUACGAGAGGCAACUACAACAGCUCUUCCAUUUACAUGAUUCCGGUUUAGAUCAAGCUUUCAUUGACGCUCUCCCAUUGUUUCUUUACAAAGAACUAAUGGGAUCAAAAGAGCCCUUCGAUUGUGCGGUUUGUCUUUGUGAAUUCUCAGAACAAGAUAAGCUAAGGUUGCUACCUUUAUGCAGCCAUGCUUUUCACAUUCAUUGUAUCGACACUUGGUUGCUUUCAAAUUCGAGUUGUCCUUUAUGCAGAGGUUCACUUUUUACCCCUGGAUUUUCGGUUGAAAAUCCAGUCUUCGACUUCCAUGAUGAUUCAAGGGAAGAAGAUGAUCAUGUGUUAGGGGUAUCUUGUAAUUUUAAGCAAUCUGGAGGGGGGAAUGAAAAGUGGGUGUAUCCGGUUAGACUUGGCAAGUUUAGAGCCACAAAUGGUGAGAAAAGAGACGAUACAGAAGUGGGGGAGACUAGUAACAGUAAUCUUGAUGCAAGAAGGUGCUUUUCAAUGGGAUCUUAUGAGUAUGUGGUGGGAAACUCGGAGUUACAGGUGAGAUUUUGCCCUAGUAGGGGUAAUAUUGGAAAAACAUAUUUGGGUAUUGAGAAAGAUAAGGGGAAUAGCUCAGUUGACGGGGGUAGUGAUGGAAAGAAAAUUAGUAGUAGAAGCAAAGGUGAAAGCUUUUCUGUAUCCAAGAUUUGGCUUUGGUCAAAGAAAGAUCAACAUAAAUUUCAAGACUCUUUAGUACCCAUAUGA